ACAGCGCGGUGGGAAAACUAUCCUUUGCUAGAACUUGUGGUGGGUUUAACAUAUCACUGUCUGUGCUGGAGGAGUUGAACUCUACGGAAUAUUUAGGAGCCGAACAAAUACUUACAUUUUUCACCUUGAAGAAAAGGAAAAAAGCAGAGGAGAGCUAGAGGAUUGUUAUGAGAAAAUAAAGGCCCCUGGGAUCACAUUCCAGCAGAGCAUAAUGAAGCUCUCAGUGCGCUCUGCGCCUGUAUGACGGGCGGAGCGCCGUUUGGAUCUCAGCGCACUCAUUCUCUGUCAGCACCUUUGACUGACUCAACUAUAUAGACCAGACUUCAAGCUUCUCCUCAAACGGAUUAAAAGAAAAAGAUUCAUAAUGGAGGAGGGCUACGAGCUCGACCUCACCUAUAUCACAGAGCGGAUCAUUGCUGUCUCCUUCCCUCGUGGCUGCUCCGAGGAAAUCUACUCGCACAACCUAAAGGAUGUCACGCGAAUGCUCAAGUCUAAGCAUGCAGAUAAUUACCUGAUUAUUAAUCUGUCAGAGAGAAGGCAUGACCUUACCAAGAUGAACCCAAAGACUUUGGACACAGGUUGGCCAGACCUACAUGCCCCUCCGCUGGAUAAGAUCUGCACCAUCUGUAAGGCCAUGGAGAGCUGGCUGAAUGCUGAUCCUUUACACGUGGUUGUUAUACACUGCAGGGGUGGCAAGGGUCGAAUUGGUGUUGUCAUUUCCUCCUUUGUGCAUUUCACUGACGUAUCCGCCAGUGCUGAUCAGGCAUUGGACCGCUUUGCCAUGAGGAAAUACUACGAUGAUAAGGUCUCAGCUCUGAUGACACCUUCGCAGAAAAGGUAUGUCUGGAUCCUCAACAGUUUGCUAAGUGGAUCCAUGAAGAUCAAUGCCUCGCCGUUGUUCCUGCACUGCGUCAUCCUUCAUGGGAUCCCAAACUUUGAUACCGCCAGCAGAGUGUGUCACCCAUACAUCAAGGUCUACCAAGGAAUGCAAGCAGUGUACUCCUCUGGAGUCUAUCACAUUGGUUCAGGUCACAGGGACCGAGUGUGCAUCAAUCUGGAGCCAGCCCAGCUCCUGAAAGGGGACAUUAUGAUAAAAUGCUAUCAUAAAAGUGACAUGACCUCUGAGCAAGAGGUGAUUUUCCGGCUGCAGUUCCACACGGGAGCAGUACAGGGUUACAACCUGAUGUUUGAAAAAGAAGACAUGGAGAACGCCAACAAAGACCCCAGAUUCCCAGACUAUGGCAAAGUUGAGCUUGUCUUUUCUGAGGGACCAGAAAGAAUCCCAGGUGCUGACAGGUGGCAAAAUGGGCCAGAUAUUACUGUGGAUUACAACAUGGCAGUUUCUCUUAGCCGCUGGGACUCGUACAAGAACAUCUGUGAUGGUGAAGCACCGCGGUCUCAGGGUCUAAUCCACGACAGAGCAGCUAGCAAGAGGAGCGUUGUUGGUGGAGAGGCCACUCUGAACAGAGGGACCCGUACAACGUCCACCACCUCAAGCCCUGAUCAUAGCGACCAUGCUCUCUCUGUGAGCAGUGACUCGGGCCUCUCAAGCACAUCCCUGUGGACAGAAAGACCCGCACUUGCCACCACCACCACCACAACAACCACAAGCACCAUUGUGAAGACUAACCAGGGACCCAGUCCGCAGGAGAAGGUCCAGCUGAAACAACUCCUUAGUGGUUUUGGUCUGGAAGAUCCUUCCCUGGAUGAGAUGGAUGAUCCGGGCCCUAAGGUAGAUUUGAAACAGAAACUUCAACCACAGUUGCACUUAAAUGGAGACACCAGACCCAGAGAAAGAGAGACUGACAUCCUUGAUGAUGAAGUUAUAACAGGUCACGAUCUGCACAGCGUGGAUAGCCUAGGAACACUGUCAUCCUCGUGCCAUAAGAGCAGCCAGAACUCCCUUUUGUCAGAUGGCUUUGUUUGUCUUGGAUCAGAGGAGCAUCAAAACCAGAACCACCUGCCGAGCAGUGCACCCCAACACAUGGACGAGUUUGAGAGAUCCCAUGCUGAGGCUAGAAAAGCCUUUUUGAGCUCAAGAAGCAACUCUGUGGCUUCCAGUAAUCCCAGCAGUGCUCCUACACCAAAGCAGCAUGUAUAUAGACAGGGGAGCUACUCAACUCAGUCCUGGGUUCGACAACAACAGAUGGUCGCUGCACAGCAAUACAACUACAUGCCAGAGAAUGGAAAUGAAACAGAAAGAUAUUCCGGGAACAAAUGUAGGAGUACUUCACCCAAAGAAGGCCUCGCAAUCGAAUCACAGAACACCAUCAGGAACACAAACGUGGACACCGUCAAAAGCUCAGCACCUCACAAACAACAGCCAAACACCAGUAGCAAUAAAAACGAAAAGCAUGAUGACGAGAUAAAAUCUCUUACAAUGGAUAUUGAUAACUCCAUUGACCAGCUGAAUCAGCUGAUCAUGGACCUGGAUCCCACGUUUGUGCCUAGAUCAGGCCUCAGCAACUCUGUCAACAGGGAUGGAGGGACACGGUUCAAUGGCUUAGAGGGGAAAUGUUCAAACAGCAUCGAUGUCGGAUUCAACGGUUGUAACACAGCAACCCUAAAAAGCACCCAUCAGACAGCUGCCCAGUCAAACGACAGGGGAGGUGGUGUCACGCGGAGUUUGAGUUACCAAGGAAAGGAUGUAAUGGAUCACUCAGGCUUUUCAGGGUGGAAUGACCCAGAGGAGUACAAAAGCCAGCAGACAUAUCCUCCAUGCGUCUCCCAUUUUCAACACUCUAAAUUGUGUAGAAGUGAUGGUACCAGCUAUAAAUCCCGGGGCCCUGACAUUACCAACGAAAUAGAGUCAGGACCUGACAUGACUCCACCCACCCCUGCAUUUCCCAUCUCACCGCCAACACCUUAUGUGUCCGAUUUCCCUGAACUUAGGAACACUCCAUCUCCCAACAUGCAGUCAUUCAGAGGCUUCAGAACAAAUCAAGGUAGGCCCAGAGAUGUGCAGUUUGUUUUAAAAGAUAUCAGAGCAGUAUUAAACUUUUACUUACUUUCUUGUCUACCCAGCUCAUCUGUGAAUCAUUCCUGGCCAGAGCAUCAUGUUCUGACCCACCAAUCCUCCCUGAAUAGCUUCCUCUCUGCUAGACCGCCAGUAUCGCACUCAACUCUGGACUAUGGGCAUCACUCCCCCCCUUUACACCUCCCUCAUGCCCAUCCUGCUCCCAAUGCGCACAGCUCUCCACGAAGCAGCCAGAGAAGCCAUAUUGUUUCCUAUGCCCUCAGCCGUAGUCCUCAAUGCAUUGAUGAGCAAGACGGGUCUGUUCAUACCUAUGGCAAAGAGUGUCCAGACAUGGGUGUAGACGGAGAUCUUUUGACCGCCAUGGAAGGCCAGCAUCAGUCACCGAUUCCCCAGAUACAGCCCCCUCUGCUGCCUGAAAAAAAGAGAGCAUCAGAUGGUGAACAUUCAUUGGGAACUGCAUCUCCAGCCCUCAGUGGGUUCUCCAGUCCUCACAGUGGGAGCUCCCUUAGUAUUCCUUUCCCUAAUGUGCUGCCUGACUUGUCAGCUCAAAUACCAUGUUCUGUCUCACCACUGCCAGAUGUACUUGUGGGCAAGCAGGUGUCUGUAAAGUUUGUACAGGAUACCUCAAAAUUCUGGUACAAACCAGAUAUCUCAAGGGACCAAGCUAUUUCAGUUUUAAAGGAGAAGGAACCCGGCUGCUUCAUAGUGAGGGACAGCCACUCCUUUAAAGGGGCCUACGGUCUGGCUAUGAAAGUGGCAACACCUCCUCCAUCGGUCAUCCAGCAGAGCAGAAAAGGUGGUGAUCUAACGAAUGAGUUGGUGCGCCACUUCCUGAUUGAGUGCACACAGAAAGGUGUGCGCCUUAAAGGAUGUCCCAAUGAGCCUUACUUUGGAAGCUUAACUGCAUUGGUUUACCAACAUUCAAUAACUCCCUUGGCUUUGCCCUGUAAACUCAUUAUUCCUAACAGAGAUCCACUCGAAGAUGUUGUGGAGAACAUUUCACAUUCAGUCACUAAUUCGGCUGCUGAGCUGCUGAAGCAGGGAGCAGCCUGUAAUGUAUGGUACCUGGGCUCUGUGGAAAUGGAGUCCCUCACAGGGGUCCAGGCAGUGCAGAAAGCCACCAGUAUAACCCUUAAUACCAACCCUCCACCAGUCCCCACUGUGGUACAUUUCAAGGUUUCCUCCCAGGGAAUUACUCUUACAGACAACCAGAGGAAGCUUUUUUUCAGAAGGCAUUAUAAUGUCAACACAGUCAUAUUUUGUGCAUUGGACCCUCAAGAUAGAAAGUGGAAGAAAGAGGGCUGCCCAUCAGCAAAAAUCUUUGGAUUUGUGGCAAGGAAAACAGGCACUUCAAUGGACAAUGUGUGCCACCUAUUUGCAGAACAUGACCCUGAACAGCCAGCAAGCGCUAUUGUGAACUUUGUUUCUAAAGUGAUGAUCGGCUCACAAAGGAGUAAGUAGGAUGGAGCUGAUUCCUGCUCAGACACCAAAAGACUGAGGACACAAAGGAUAAAAAAAGUUAGAUCUCCUGAUUAACUGGACUUUAACUCUCAUUGUUAACUGGAUGUUGCAGAAAUACUCACUGGUUACUAUUAGCAGAAAUAUAGUGAGAUUUUCUAAACAAGGAAAUGCAGGAAUGUGUUUUCUAAUUGAUUUUAAGCUAGUUUAGAAAUAACUCAGUGUUGUUUUUCCUCAUAUGUUUGCUAUCCUCAUAUUUCGGGCUUUUCCAAAUUGUUGUUUAAUCAGGGUUCUCGAUUUAUUUCCACAAGUGAGGUUAAAAAGUCUUAGAAUAAAUUAUGCUUUUUUUUUUGCAUCAUAAUUGAACUCGUCUGAAUAUUCAUCCAUUUUUUUAUAUAAUUAUUUAAAGAAGAAAAUAAAUUGCAAUAAAUUUUAAUCAAAGGGUUUAGGAUUUUCAGUUUAUAGUUAAUACUUUCCUGUUUGCAUGAGGUACAACAAUGCUUUACCCAGAGAGUGACUUUUUUUAGAGUCUUAAAAAUCAGACAAAUGAACGUGCUAUUUAAGGGAGGCAGAUAUGUGCUGCUGAGAAUAUGCUGUCGGCACUACAUACAUUAUUUUUUAUUUAUUUCAAUCCAAACAGGCUUAAUCAUGUAUAAAACAAACUGUAUUUUGUAGGUGAUAAGUAAGCAUCUCUUUACUAUUUCUGAGCAUCUCAGUUUGGAUUUUGAUUAUUUGAAAAACAGCACAAUAUAUGAGCAAAUUGUGCAUAAUUUGGUCUUUGGAACCACUUUUGUUUAUUUUGUAAGCAGGAGUGUUCAUUUGUUUUGUCUAUGCAUUGUAUAUAUAUAUAUAUAUAUAUAUAUAUAUGUAUUUUUAUUUCUAUUUUUUUGAGUAUGGUACGAUACACACGUAUAGAACUGUCUUUUAUAUGUUAAGAUCUUGUUCUUCUGAAUAUGUUUUUGAACACCAAUGUUUUUUAAUAGGGAUUUAAUGGAAACAUUCUUUUUUGUAUUAAAUGUAGAGGCUGUGUAUAAAACUCUCAACUAAACCCUAAUAUAUAUGUAUACAUAUAUUUAUAAACACAAACAGGCAUAAAAAUUGUUAGAAGACUGCUUUUCUGUAGUAGAUGAUUAAUGCAUAUGAAAAUCAGCUGGAUUUUAACCUUUUAUUUUGUUGAGAUACUAUCACAUAUGUAGUUUAGACUUUCUCUGUUUUUCAAAGAACACUGUCAGUCUUUUACUAACUAAUGUAAAAUAUCUAUUUAGUUCAGUGUUGGAAGUUUUUACAAAUACAAUGUAUUUGCCUUACUCCAUUAGUCACCUGUCAAUGACAUAAACCUGCUCAUUGAUUCAGAAAAUAACUGAAUUAUCCAAGCCUAUAUUACUUGAGAUAACAGUUUUUAUCUAUGUUUUUGCUUUGGCUAUUAAUUCUAUUCAGAGAGAGACCUACAGUGAUAGAAAAGCUUUUGGUGGCGUUGCAUUAACAGUUGCAUUAACGGUUGAACGUGACCCUUUUUUUUUUUUUUUUUUUUACAAUGUAUUAAAAAAACUGCUAUUUUUCACUGUCUGACUCAUCAGACUGUUUUCCUCUUUUAGUUAAUUUAGAAUCACGCUACUUGUUAGUUUGCUCAACACCACAAUAAUACCAGAGAUAAUUGUUUCAGAUCAUUUCCAUUACUUUCUUCUAAUGGUGGCAUCUUUAGCCAUUCAAACAAUAUGUGAGUAUUAACACCAUGAUAAUGUCGAACCGCAUUCUUUGAUAAUGUUUAAAAUGUUCACAUUAACCCACAAGAAGAACUGUAGGAACUUGUGAUGAUUCUAGAUGAAGCUGGUAGCAGAUUAUCAUCAUCAUCAUCCAGUUAUGCAUCCUGCACAGGUACUGGCAAAAAAGAAAAGCAGUUUGCAAAUUGACUCAGAGAUUUCCUCUAGUCUGACAACAGAAUUUGAGGGUUUGUUUAUAAUCACAAAUGAUACUUUUAAAGGAAAAAGGGUGAAGCUUCUAAGGAGUUAUGAACCAUUACACACUUUGGGGUAGGAAGGUGGCAGUGUCAUGUUGUGAGCCUGUUUUGCUGAAAAUAUAAUGUGUAUAACAUAAAGGCAACAUCUCAGAUCAUCGCAGGGAAGAUGAACCUUGGACACAAAUUGGCACCUGUUAUUCUGAUAGAAUGGGCCAGGUUUGUGUCAUAAGAUGUUUUUGAAACCUCAAAACUUCAAGCAAGUUGAAACAUAUUCUAUUUCUUGCAAUUUUCUUGUUUUUAACCAAUAGAAAUAAAAAUGGAAAAGUUUAUUCUUUUGAUGCCACCAAGAACAAAAAUUUUUCUUUUUUUACAAUAGAUAUGUACAAAUUUGGUUUUAAGUUUACAUGAUUUACAGUAUAUGUAUAUGUGUGUUUGUAUGUCAUAUGCAUCAUGGUCAUUUACACUUGAAAUCAAAUAUUUACACAGUUCUACCUUUUAUGUAUGUAUCUCAUUCUUUUAUUCUUCAGUGAAAAACACUUUUCAUGCUCUUUUGUGUAUCCAUUUUAUUUUGUUUGAUGUGUGAUGUAAAUAAACAGUGGAAAACAUGUUAUCUGUUUGAAAAAAGGCAGGUUCAUAUUUCAGCAAAACACAUUUCAAACUCUAUAGAGAAGACUGCUACUCAAUGUAGGUUGUUUGUCUUCAGAUCUCAUGUUUUUUGUAGAUGAGCCAAAUAGAACGAUGAGUAUGGAUAUAUUAGAAUGUAAAACUAACAAA